GUACCCGUGUUUGUGCGAAAGACGUAAUCUUUGGACGUAAUGUAUCACUGCGGUGCGUGCUUGCUGCCAUCCUAGUUCUCAAAGUUCGUAAAUGUGAAUGUCUUCUUGUCUGUGGUUCUGUCUGUGCUGACUGGUUGAAAACAGGGCAAUGGCCGGUCCAGAGCUCCUGCUGGACUCCAGUAUUCGGAUGUGGGUGGUCCUGCCCAUCAUCUUCAUCACCUUCUUCGUCGGGAUCAUCCGUCACUAUGUGACCCAGCUGCUCCACAGUGACAAAAAGGUCGAUCUGGAGCAGGUGUCUGACAGCCAGGUGCUCCUGCGCAGCCGCAUCCUCAGAGAGAAUGGAAAGUAUAUUCCCCGACAGUCCUUCGCCAUGAGAAAACAUUACUUCAACAACACAGAGACCGGCUUCUUCAAGAAGGUCAAGAGGAAGGUUGUUCCCAAGAACCCCAUGACAGACACCAGCAUGUUGACAGACAUGAUGAAGGGAAACCUGACCAACGUCCUGCCCAUGAUUGUGAUUGGCGGGUGGAUCAACUGGGCGUUUUCUGGAUUCGUCAUAACCAAGGUGCCGUUUCCUCUCACUCUGAGGUUCAAGCCGAUGUUACAGAGAGGAAUAGACCUGCUGUCUCUGGACGCCUCCUGGGUGAGUUCGGCAUCCUGGUACUUCCUCAAUGUGUUUGGACUGAGGAGCAUGUACAGCCUCAUACUGGGACAGGACAACGCUGCUGACCAGUCACGGCUCAUGCAGGAACAGAUGGCAGGUGCUGCCAUGACGAUGCCCCCUGACCCCAACAAGGCUUUUAAGAGCGAGUGGGAGGCGCUGGAGAUCGUGGAACAUAAGUGGGCGCUGGAGAACGUGGAGGAGGAGCUGAUGUCCAGAGACCUCAACUUUGGAAACUUCUUUAGUCAGGACAUCAAGUCCCCCAUGUUGUAGGAGGACGAGGACCCACGAGCUCUGGAGCUCCUGCGUCCGGUUGGCAAACUUGGGAUGUGCAGGUUCUGUGAUAGCUCUAAAGGCUCUGGAACACACAGACUCUCUAAACAAAUAAACCAAUUCAGUCACCCUCCGGCUUUUCAUGAGCCCCCAAAGGCCAUUUGUGUUAAACAAAAGUUAAAGUUGUUCAAAUUUUCUUUAUGUAACACAGUCCAUACCACUGUGAACAGUGCAGUGUUUCAACAAGGCA